UCUGUCAAAUCCAAAAGCAAAAUUCACACGUUUUCUUGGCGUUGUUUGUCGUCCGGCGUUACAUUUUUUAUGGUUUACAAAUAAUUUUUGAUUAAUGUAAUGUAAAAUGUAACGUAGGACUUGUGUUUUUAUAAAAUAAUAAGUUUUGUCUAAUUUCGACCGGAAAGUAAUCAAAAUCAUGUAGGCGCAAAAUUUAUUAAAAAAUGUAUGCAAUAGCUCUAACAAAAACUCCCAAAUGACAGUAUCAAUAGAAAAUUAUAAAUAAAUGGAUUGCACAUAAACUAAAAUGGCUUCAAGCACGCCCCAAACAGAUUCAAACUGGAGUAUCCUCAAAUUGACCACAAUAGACUUGGUUGGUGGGAUUUAUUGUAACAUUUGCAAUGAAACAUUUGGUAACAAAAGGGAAUAUGACGCUCAUUAUAUUAAACACACUGGAAGUAAGGACAUUUUGUACACUUGUGUGAUAUGCCGGAAAGAGGUUGCGGGCUAUCCUAGCUUCAGAGGCCACUGUUAUUCGAGCCAUGUGAUCAAGGGGCGAUAUAAAUGUGAUAGCUGCGACAAAUUCUUCUCCAAACUGCCAGCACUUCAGUAUCAUGUCAAAAUUAUGCAUCCAAAGAGUUUUCGAUGCUCCACUUGCAAAAAGAAGUUUCCGACGAAGAAAGAGUUGCGUUUGCACGAAGUCAUACAUACAGAUAGUACCGGCCCAAUCUCAUGCCUGACAUGUCAUAAGGACAUCAGCUCCAUAGAUAUAUGCAAGAAACAUGUCGAUCUACACUUGUCGUUCGAAUACACAUGUCCAAUUUGUGAGGAAAAUAUACCUUCGAAAGAAAACUCGGCCGAUCACUUGAGAAAACAUUUUGGCAAUGUCAGUUCAGAAUCAGAGAUAGACGUAGAUCCGGAAGAGAUGAUAGAACAGCUCGGGGCAGUGUCUUGUAUAUUCUGUUCCAUGAUUUGCAAGAAUCGUGUGGAGUUCGACGCGCACUUCUCGUGCGAGCACGGCGACGAAGAUAUCGUGUACUCUUGUAUUGUGUGCGGGAGGCAGUUCGACAAAUACUCAUUGUUUCGUGCGCAUAUCAACAACCACUUCACGAACAAUCGAUUUGAAUGCGACCUAUGUCACACGUCUUUCCCGCGCCUGUCGCCGCUGGUGUCCCACAUGGCGGCGUGUGCGGCGGGCGGGGUGCGGCGCCACAAGCUGUUCGCGUGCACGCGCUGCACGCACCGGUACGGCACCGAGCCGCGGCUGCGCGAGCACAUGCGCGCCGCGCACGGCGUGCACGUGCGGCGCUGCCUCGAGCCCGGCUGCGGGAAAGUUUUCGACAAACUCCGCGACAUGGUGGUGCACCAACGCCAGCACCACGCCAACGUGCAGAACUGGUGCCGGCAGUGCGGCCAGCUGUUCACCUCGCUGGUCUCCUGCGAGCAGCACCUCGACGCGCACAAGAAGACCACCUUCCCCUGCCCCGUCUGCAACCAGAGCUUCAGAGAGAAAUACCUCCUCCUCAGACAUCUGCCGCAUCACUUCGAGACGGUUCUGCACCUGUGCAAAGUCUGCGGAAAAGUCUACAAUGCCAAAAAUCGACUGAUCGAACAUUUGAACUCGCACGCGGACACCAAGAUUCACCGUUGCACCUACUGUCCCAAGACGUUCCCGAAGCUGUGGACGCUGCAACAGCACCUCAACACUCACACAGGAUUGAAACCCAACAAGUGUCAGAUCUGCGAUAAAGCCUUCUGCAGCUACCCCAAUUGGCGCAAGCACAUGAUACGAUUCCACUCGGUCAGUUCCACCAGAUCGAUCGAAAUAGACGAGAAGAAUUCGAGAAAUUACGAAAAUAACACACUCAAACUCCAUUGCAAUGAGGAUAGUCCAGUGAAAUCUGUAAUAGAUCAAUCCGGAAUUGAAAAUAAUACAGUAAAUACAAAUAGAGAUAACUGGGAUGAAUUUGUAUUCUAUGACCAAGAAGAUUCCGAAAUCAGUAUGGAGGCGGAGAGCAUGGAUCAAGUUAUCGAAAAACAAUUACAGUUGUUUGGGAGCCAAGAGCAAAACGUCGAAUAUAAGCCUAUGCCGAUUGAAAUACCACAAGCAUGUCCACCAACAACAGAAACCUCAAGCGCCCUGCCAUCAGAAGCGAUCGUGCCGCUCGAGUACGGGCCGGAGUUCAGCUCCAGCAAUCUGGACGAGUACAUCCUGCCGCAUAUCGACCCGCUACUCACUAUACGGAAUGACCAGGUACUACCCACACAGGAAGCCAACUACAUAACAAUAGAGAGCGAACUCCAAGCGAGGGCCGUGUACUCCGAGCUGCAGCCGUUCGACCGCAAGUGGGAGCCGCCCAUGAUCACCAAGCUGUUCCCGGACUACUACAGCUACGAUGAAGCCAGCAGGAUCACCGUCAACGCGGAUAUAUUCUAAUACUAAACAGUUGUCACUCGGAACGAUCUUUGUCGGUAUGUACUGUUGAGUUGUAUAAUGGUGCUACGGUUCCAUAGAUUGUAGACCUAUCCAUAGAGUAGCGUUGUACCAUAGAGGUUGGAAUUUUUUUUACAAGACAUGCAAUAGUUUUUAAUAUUGAGGGUACUUUUAUACAUGUUGUUCGAUUUACAGUACAAUAGAUUGUUUUAUAUGAUACAUAUAGUGUUAAGUUCCUGAUGUUUAUUGAUUUUUUUUACAUAUUUUAUAACAGUUAGUGACCAGUUACAGAUUUUUAUACUUGUUGUAAUCCAUAUCCGUAUAGUAAGAAAUAAUACUGCCAGUUUAUAACGUUGUUAAUAUAUUUAAUAGUAAUAAUAUACCACUGCCAUUCACUUGUUAUGAAUCCGUGAGACCGAACAAAGAUCGUUCCGACCCAUCCAUAUAGCUACCUCAUGCAGUAACACUGUACCUCACUAAUCUAUGUAUUAUUGUAUUUUAUAAUAUACAUUUUUAACAUAUAUCCCACCAGACUAAGACAUAUAUAUACAUAUAGAAUUAUGCUACCUCAUUUAAUUUAAGUAAUUCGCUUUGCACCUAAAAAAAAAUUCGAAAAAAUUACACAAAAUUGUGUUGUACAAAAAUGUAUGGAAUUUCUUGUCUCGCGUGAAAGUCGAGAGUGAGUGCUUUGUAUUUUGAGUUUUUUUUAUUGAUUUUUAUGUUUUCGCUCGAUGUGACGAUACUCGGUUUUUAAAAAGAAAGAAAAAAAUUAACAAAAAAAUGCUUUGGUACUGUUUGUAAUAAAAAAAAUAAUAGAAAAAUCUAAAUAAUAUAAGUAAUAGUGUUACAGAUAUAAAAGAAAAUACACAGGAUAUGUUGUGCAAAAUGCAAAAGAAAAUGUAAAAUCAUUUCAUCUCGUUUCAACUUGCGUGUCACGUAUGCUUAGAGCGAGAUGGUAUGAUUCUUGAUAAAAAUAUCUAACCACCAAAACGUUGCAUUUUGAUAUUCUGUCUCUUUCUAGCCGCUUACAAUGAGUGGAUUAGAAAGAGACGCAACUAGGUAUAUAAGGUACUGUGGUCAGUCAAGCGAAAACCUUAAGGCAUAAUUUCCAAAGUGUUUAGGCUAAGUAUCUUUGGUGGAAAAGCUUUUGUAUAUAUAUUUGGUACGUUUUACGGCACUUUUAAUCUGCAUUUUAAUUAUUGCUUUAGUUGAAAACGUCGCUGGUCCAAUGAGAACGUUUACGUGUCCAAUACAAAUAUUACUUCGUGCCAAAUUUCUAAUCUUAGUUUUAAGUAGGGAUUUGAUAAUCUUAAACAUUCAACGAAUAAUUUUAUUUUAUGAAAUGUUUUUUCAUUUGUUAGUCAUAACUUCAUAAAUAGCUGAGGCUCCGAGACGAAGGCAGUGAAGAAAUAUCGAUAAUAUUCUUGAACCAGCGGCAAUGUUUUCAUGCAUUUCAAUUUCGAUUCCUUUUUUAUUAUAAUUUUAUUGAAAGUUGCGAUGCAAAGCGUCGCGAUUUUAGUGUAAGUGAAUCGAUAGUGCUGUGAUAUUUUUAUGUAUAUUUAGUGGUUUAAGUGUAGGGAGUGAGUAACGAGUGAGUACAAAUACGUACGAUCGGCAUCCGUAUCGCGUCUCGGUUCUAUUACAAUAUCGAAUUUAGAUCGCAGCCCCUUCGAAUGUGCUGUCCGGAAUAAGGACGCACCCACCAACACGCAUAUGGUCUUCAUCGACAACUAUUCGGACACGAAUGUAACGAAAUCGAACAUUUCUCAAGCCAUAUGCGCUCAAAAUUCUGAAAAAUAAUACUACAAAUUAGCCUGCAAACCUGCAAGGCAGUAAGAGAUACAA